AUGAAGAGUGAUGUCACUAUCACUAAACAGAGAAUAGAGAAUGUCAUAUUAAAAAAGAAACUAGAUGCUUAUGAGAAAAAAGAUAAAAUCAAACAGAUUAAAAGAUUAACAAAGAAAGCAAAGACAAAAGUUAAUGAGAGAGUUCAAAAACUUAAAGAGAAAAAGUUAGAAUACAAAAUUCUUGAAAGGAUAAAAUCAUCUGUCCCAUACUGCAAUUACUGUGCAAUUAGUGAUGAGCCAGUCCUCCAUGAAGAUGAUUCUACUGCUGAUAUUGGUUCUAUUUGUGCUGAUUGUAAGAAGGAUUUUGAAAAUGAUAAUCUUUCUUAUUGUGAACUUUGUGGCAGGCUACAAAGAAAUAGACAAGGUUGUUAUUGCAGUUUGUUAAAAGAUGGAAAAUUCAGAACACUUUCCACAGAGGAAGGAACUUCCCAAACUAUUGAAUCUCAUUUAGCAAAGAAAACCAAAGAACUUGAAAAGAAAUUGAAAACUACCAAGGAGGAGUUGAAUGUUGAAAGAGAAGAAAUAGCCAAAUUUCAGGAAAAGUCAGAAGAAUGA